CAUUUCACAUAUCUGUGAAACAGACUAAGCGAUAUGGAUUUCCCAUUCGUUUUCAAAAAUUCGAUGUGUUAACACCUUUGAAAAUAGUUUUAGUCCCACGUUUACCGGUGCCUAUUGUGUUGUUUCCUAGAUCCUAUUUCUGUAAAUAGGCCGAGUUCCAUUUAGUUGGCCUUUUAGAAGGAAAUUAGGAUUACUUAACGCUGCUUCCAAAGCAAAAGAACAUCAUCAUGUGCUGCGGACCCUGUGGACCCCGAUGCUGCGAUCCGUGUGGCGGGUGCUACAACUGCUGCGUGGAGCUCUGCUGUGUGCCCUGCACCCCGGCUUACAUUCAGUGCACCUUUAUGCCGUGCGGCCCCAGGGGCUGCUGCUAAAGUGGGAAGAAGCUAGGUGCCGAAACACGUCCGACAAUAUUGUACUUGAAACAUUUGUAGAUACCCAAAUGUCGUAAUAAACGAAUUCAAUAAAUGUAA